AUGGCAGCCAUGUCCCUCUCGGGUGCUCUUCUGCUCGGCUGGCUGAUCGCCAUGUCGCCGAAGAAGCGGCCCGCCGCCGUGGGCGGCGCCGCGGGCGGCGACGCGGGCAGCCCCGAGGGCGAGCGCAAGCCGAAGGCGGCGAAGAGCCAAGCGAAGCCGCCCCCUGCCGCGGCCAAGGGCCCUCCCGCGGACGCGCCUCCCGCGUCGAACGCCGACGAGGCCGCGGCGGAGGCCGACGCGGAGGGCCAGGCGGGGGCCGACGGGGGGGUCAGGCUCGAGGCAGGCAGCCCUCGCAAGCGUGCCCCCAAAGGCGCCCGCGACCAGGUGGCGCCCAACAGGAUGCUGACCGGCUUGCGUCAGCAGAAGUCUGGCAAGGACCCUGAGGAGGCGGCGAAGGCAGCGGCCGCGCUGGAGAUGCACCUCAAGCUGGGCUGGGAGGAGAAGGAGUCGAUGGUGGAACGCUGCAGGGGGAACAAGACCCGCGGCAGCAUGAAGUGGAUCGACGACUGGAUGGAGACGCGCAACAAGGACGACGCCACUGCGGCCGGCUGGAACGAGAAGUGGCGCGGCCUUGGGCAGGCGCUGCAGCUUCUCGGCUUGAACCUCAGUGAUUCUGAAACCCGCGAAGAAGCGCGGGCCUUCGUGAUCGAGGAGGUGCACCGCAACCAGGUGGAUUCUGGCACGCUGGAGUCCCACCCGCCCAAGAUCGACGAGUCGAACUGGCUGAUGUCUCGGUACUUCUGGGUGGUCGACCAGGGGAAGACCAGGGCGGUGGCCCCGGCGAUCACGGGCAAGCACACCGCGCAAUUGGAGAGCCGCGCCAACGACUGCAAGCAGGCCAUCCAGAGCGGGUGGCUCGAAUUCUCCAUGGGCGCGCGCGGGGGCGACGAGGUCCAGCGGGAGGGCGACGGCGCCGAAGCGCUCGAAGCCGCCAAGCACGCGGCCAAGUUCUUGAGGGCCUCCCGCAGGAAGGUCGACAGGCCGCUGAAGAGCCUGACCGUCCCCGACGUGGACAAGUAUGCAGAGGCCGGCACGGACCUUGACAAGGUUUGCGAUGCGUUGAACCUCUACCAGGAGGAUCAGGAGAAGGUCAUCAACAAGUUGAAGGGGAAGUGCGAGGCGCGCGCCAAGCAGCGCGACGAGCGGCGGAAGGCGGGCGACGAGCACGCGAAGAACGCGGCGACGAAGGUCACCGAGAUGCAGGGCAAGCUGAUGAGGGACCCGUCAGAGUGGAGUUAA